AUGGAUCCAGAUCCAGACUAUUGGCCCGGCGAGACGGCUCCGCGGUCGAACUUCUGGUACAUGGCAGAUGAGCCCGACUCAAGGCUGGAUGAGGAGGCCCUCCGUGUGAGGAUGUACGGCUUCGGCUUUUCCUAUGCGCAUCGACUGCCGCGUGAGACUCUUGCAACCAACGCAGAGCGGGAUGCCGUAAAGGAGAGCCUCUUCCGUCACGAGUUCGACGGAAUCAUUUUUGGGAAGGUGGGGCCCAACCAGGCCUGCGAUCCCCUGCCUUUUUUUGACGAUGUUCAAGCUGCCGGCUAUCCACACGAGCGUGUUGCCCUCAUCUACGGGGGUGACUUCGGGCUGGAGACCAGUCUGGUCGCACAGCAUGCUCGCAUCUACUCCGGCUAUGGUAUCGUCUUCUUUCGGGAGAUGGAAGCUCCCGCAGACCAUUUCAGUUGGGUGCCGGCCCAGGUCUACCCCAGAGCUUGCUACGCUGAUCCAGCAUGGAAGCAGUUCUUCCAUCUUUGGCAUCAGCGCCUGGAGUGCUGGGGUUGCCCCGAAAUCGACAAGCCUGUGCGAGAGCAGCUUUGGGACUGGCUGUUGCAAAAGGCUACCGGCUUUCCGUGGGUUGCAGGCGUCAACAGCGUGCUCUUGCCACCUUGCUGGAGUGGAUUGAUCUUGCUAGCGGUGCCGCUACUGGCAAAGCAUCCAGCAGAUGAGCCAUCAGGGGAAGAACUGAGCCAAAGGUGCAAUUUCUUUUACCAGCAGCUGCACAAGGCUCAGAGCCAGGUGACCUUCCAAAGGCGAGCGAGGGCACUCUGGAGACGACGCUGGAGAGGUGCUGCUGCGUUUCGGGAGGCGUUUGGUGUCAGCACGUGGGAGGUCAAGGCCUUUGUGGAUUCCACCUGUGGCGGGUCAGGUUCUCGCCGAAGCCUCUUCGAUGCAGGCUUCGUGAAUGAAGCAAGGCAGCCUCUUUUGGAGCUCCGAAGGACGUGGACGCAGCGG